CGAGCGCUACCUGUCUUCGGAAAACAUCGCGUUUUUCCGGAGGGACGUUUCCGCGCGGCCGUCAGGGCGGCGCCGCGUUCGGAAGCGCUCGGGUGUUUCCGUGACUCCUGACGGGCCGGCGUGGCCGUUGGCGGGCGCACGGGCCCGGUUGGCCGAGGGCAGCGCGGCCUCGGGGGCAGAGCCGCUCCCUCGGUGGGGAGGAAUCGCGAUCCUGCCAGGCAGAGUGCAGAAGGCCGUUGCAAAAAGGUGACUUCAGGAAGGGAGAGCAAGAUGACUCAGCAGGGAGCUGUUCUUCAGGGUUACAAUAAUGAACUAGUGAAAUGCAUUGAAGAUUUAUGUAUGCAAAAAGAAGAACUGAACAAACAAAUCCAACAAGCAGAAGAGGAAAAGAAUAARCUCCAACAUGAAAUCCAAGUCCUCAGCGAACAGCUGGAGUGUGUAUGUGAAAACCUGGCCCAAAAGGUGGCUUCUCGRAAUGAACUUGAUAAAAUUCUUGCUGAAACUGAAGCUGCUUACAUGAAGAUUUUGGAUAGCUCUAGAACUUUACUUAAUGUCCUGAAGAAGGAAGUGGGAAGCUUAAAGCAUUCACCGGAUCUGAAAACCAAUGUAACGUGAAACAGGCAAAUGUUUGGACUCUACAGUGCUUAAAUUUCACUAGGUGAGAAAUGUGGUCAGCCACGGGACCUUASAGCAACAUUACAAAGCAGAGAGGGAUUUUCUUCUAAUCUUUCUGUAUGUUCUAUUAUUUUUAAAUGCACUAGAAAAUAGAUGAAAUAAAGUUCUGGUUUUGCUUUGAAACAAUCCACUUAAUUGAACUCCAAAGCUUUGCAAAUAGGUAGUUGAGGGAGAUGUGAGAURGUCAGUUUUGACAUGAUGCAUCAAGACUUAUAAAAAUGAACUACAGUUCUUUUAUUGGUUGGCUUGAGAUAGCUACUGGUAAAUUGCUGUUUGAAAACCAGUGSAUGCAAGUCAAUCAGAUACUGCUUCUUUUCACUUUACAAAUACUAAGGCCUUACUGUUGGGACCAAGUAGAAACGAGCUACUUUACUUCCUCUAGGAGCUUGGAGUUCUCUCUGAUGCAUGCACAAAGACAGCCCCUGUUACAGUCAUUGCUUAGUUUGAAUACUAGAGGGAUAAGGUGAGAAGUUAGGAUUAAUGCAGRACAUGGAGGCUUAAAAUUUAAGACUGUAUGUGGUUCAUGCAUCUUAAGCUAUUCUCCAAAGCCUUGUUUAGAAAGGAGAUGUKCUGCAGUGAAAGACAGCUUUGGUGAAAAUGCACAGGUGAAGCUACACCAUGAACGCUUGGGCCGAAAAUUCAUUUGGGGGUAAGAAACAAUGUGUCAGUAGUGACGAGAAAUCCAGAAAAAAACACUCGGGUCCAGUUAAAAAUACAGAGGUAGAUACAAGACCAAAGAAGAUAAUGUUUGCUAAACAGCAGUAAUAGAAUUUCUGGAAGCCUUUUUAGUGCCUUUUAGUUCUAUACUGAUCUACUAAAUAAUUGUAAUUAGAUUGUAGAGCAUAGUGAACAUCCUAGAAUGGUGAGAAAUAAGUACAAAUAAAAGAUGAAAGAAAAAAAUGGUAAGUGACUUGAAGCUAUCAGACAUUCUUACAGAGAACAUUAAAAUAGAACUUAGUUUAGAGAUCAGCAAUGGCAUAAAUUUCAAUUCAGUGCUGKUUUUUAUUUCUCUGAACCUCUCAGUUUGUGUGUGUAAGUACACAUGCAUUUUGUCCCACUCAUUUGCAUGUUACAGUAGAAACGUUUUGAGCUUGUGUCCUCAUUCAGUACCAGUUAACUAAAUUGAAAGAAAUGCAGUUGUAAUCYCAUUACCUGAUAAUGGUGUGUCUCUCAGUUGCAAGUAUAGAGGGUAUGGAGAUGUGAAUAGUUCCAGUAAUAGCUCUUCACSAAUAAUAGGAAGUGCCAUGCGAGAUCAGGGAUUAAUGUGACUGAGCUAAUCACAGUUUACUUGUAUGGUACUUCCAGUGGCUUCCUUCUGGGGAAUUCCCAGUGGAUAAUGCUGAGGUGAUAAAAUUGCAUCAUCUCGGGGGUACUGCUGUUGUAGUACUGGAGCACUCAGAACCAUCUUGUUUAUGUUGAAGUAAAACACAAAAAUACUGCUAUUUUUAGCAGCAAAAAGGUGAUGUACUUGACUGGAUGUUGUAUGACAUUCUGUCUUCCCUUAGACUGGUUGUUGUGACUGAUUUACAUCAAAAUAGGAAUAGUCAGGAGAAGUAUUAACUAAAGAGCAAACACUUGGAGUUGCAAAUGUAAACUGCUGCUUCUUGUUAUCUGCAAUGGAACUCRAAAUUGUCUGAAAAAGAAUUUGCAUCACAGAAAAGUCAUUUAUAGAGAACAGUACAGUUAAUUUCUAGCAUUGAUCUCACACAGUAAUUACAUUUUUGCUUGCCUUAGAAUAAUAAAUAAUGCCUCUUGUCCUACCGAGGCUGAUAAAACUAAACAAUUUUUUAGAGAAGUCUUACAAGACUAAAUAAGUCUACUUCACCGCCAUUAUUGUGUCUAACUGUAGCUAUUAUAGUGUCAAAACUAAAAUACUGGAGAUGCUUGAAUUUUUUUAUUUUACGAAACUAACGGGAAAAUGUAACUGUUGGCUAGUAUUUACACACACUGGGGCCUUUUAACAUUCAAAGAACAAGUUGACAUGUUGCUAAAAUUCCAUUUAGUGAUCCCAGUCCAAAAUUUUCAUUUAAAUUCUCAUUUAAAAAUGGAGAGAAAUAAUAUACUUCUAGGCCUUGCCUAUUUUUUGGAAUAACUUCCAAGUGUGGCAGUCAUUGUGCAUGUAGAGAGUUGCUACCCAAAAACAGUGCUUACCAUUAUAUUCUGUAUUGGCCCAAAUGAACCCUUUCAUUGAAAUGGUAAACCUUUUUUACUGCUUUUUCAUAUGGUAUAAAUCUUGACAUGAAUUGUUGUUAAACAACUUUAAUUUGUUUAGAAGACAUGCAAACUAAGUUGGUUCACAGUAUUGCUGAAGAUGAAUGAUAAUUUGCAGAUGCUGGCAGCUCUGCAGGGCUGGCCUUCAACAGAAAGUUUACCUGAAAUAAGACAGGUCAUAAGUUUAAAGUAUCAUACUUACUCCCAACUUAAUUUUUAUAUUGAACUUGUAUGACUCUGAGUUCAACCUGAUGCUUUACUUGACUGCUCACAGUGUAGGAGCCCUAAUGACGAAAAUUGGGUUCCUAAUCUAAAGUGCCAUGUUGGAUGUCUUGUAUCUUAUUUCCUGUGUGAGGAGACAUAGUUUUUGAAACCUGUGCUAGAUUCAGAAAUUUAGUGAAAUGCAUUUAGAGCAUUGGUCUGAAGUCCUGAAUUUAUGUAAAGGCACUUCUACCUGGUUUCCAAGUAGCAAAAUGUGACUAGAAGAGAUCUGAUGAUUCCCUGCUUUUGUAGAAGUGCUUCUUGAAUAUGUAACCAGCACUUAAAACUACAGUGAUCAACAGUUGUUUCAAAACACUUGACUGUUGACUCCUUGCAAGUAAACUGAAGUUUAUUCUACAUGAUAGAGUUUGGCAGUUACCAAAGAAACUGCUUGUGAGUGGUAUGUUGAAWUAAUUUUCCUGUGUGGAAUUUGUUAUAGGAACCACUGACUAAUUUGCUUAUACCAGCAGCCAUUCACACCGUGUUACUGUCUCUUUUGCRGUUCAGUUAUCUCCACACAUGCAGUUUUUGCUAAUCACCUUAAAGAUAGGGAGAUGAGUGGGUUGGACAUUGCCCUAAUUUUAGGAGUAGGGAAUAAAGAGAAGUUAUGGAUGUGAAGUCCUGGUUUGGGAAGACACUGGAGCAUUAGUGGGAACGAUAGACAGGUGGAGUUUCUCCUAAUUUCUGUCUUCUCUGAGUGUACUUGUACUGAGCUACUGCCUACAGUUCUUGCUACGYAAUCAAUCAAAUUUAAAAAUCAUCUGAUGUUCAUGUGAAAUCUGGACUUUCUCCCCCUUUCUUUAAGCCCAGCGACAGUCAGUAAAAGAGGCAACCUGUAUUUCACUUUCUCUUUCUGUCUUUUAUUUCUUUCUUUUCCAGCAGGAGGCUGUAGAAUCUCAAGCCUCCUGUCUGCUGGGUAAGUGUGCUGCCAGGCCCGCACAGGAUGCAGUGCUGUUGUUUUCUGUCCUGGUUGCUUUCCUGUGAACCGUCCUCAGAGAAGUGCUUGAGUUUUAUAAAGAACCCUAAGUUCUGCAUGUAGUGAUGUACUCUGUGUGUAUGUCAGAUUGACUUGGAGAGUUUAGGCAGAGGUUUGGCAGGUUUUUGGCUCUUGGUGAAUGCAAGAGAUCUGUUUCCCGGUCUAGGAAUUCUUUAGACCAGGAAGACUAGGCAUCUUCAAAUACCUAAAGAAUUGUCCACUCAAACAAUGAAGCAAGCUGUAGUCUAAACCCAGGUGACUGGAUCUUGGAUUGCUAUUUCAUAAUUGAGGAUCCACCCUGUCUAGGUCUUGGGGUGGUACAAGUGUGUCCCAUUCCAAAUCAAUCAAGUGGAUUAAGCUAAACUGGAGCAAGUAUUAGUAAUUCUGUAACAAGAACAUUCAGAAGAUUGUUUGCCAAAGGAUCAAAUGUCGACGGUUAAUUCAUCAUACAGAUGAGUCUUGUAUGGAAGACCAAUAUCUAUUCCUCCUUACAUGAUUUUGCUUGUUAGGAGAGAUGUGAGUGAAAGGGUGUAGCUUGUGGCCAUUGCAUUAACUUUGAGUUGAUCUUAGACUCUUGGGGUUUUAMACAAGAAGUAGAUGAAACAGUUACUUUUUUGUAAUGCAUUUAUUUUUUUUAAUUUCCUCCUCAGGAGUGASCAAAGAAGUAUUAAUAAAUGCUUUCAUGUUGAUA